CUUUCAGUUGCUCUGGGCUUGUUUUUCAUUUUUGACUGUCAGGGCCUGGGGCUGUUGGCUUACCUUGCUCCAGAGUAUGAUGUCAACUGACUCCAUCUAAGCAAGUGGUGACUGCUUCCCUAAACCACAAUGUGGCUAACCGUCAAACUUCUCUUAGGCUGGAGGUGCUUACUCCAAGUCUCAGAGAAUGAGAAAGUAUUUAUGUUAAAGCAACUAGUGCCGAAACAGCUCCACGUCCCCGAGAAACAGCAGCGGCUGCUCUUCAGAGGCCAGGUCCUGGCUGACAACAAGCGCCUCUCCGACUACUGUAUUGGACCCAAUUCUACACUUAACGUGAUCCUCCGUCCCUUGGAGAAGGCAUCCCCCGAGAGGCCUUCCCAGUCUCAGUCUCAGUCUCCGUCUCAGUCCCAGUCCCUGUGGCCUCAGCUUACCCAGAUUCUGGCCAAACAUUUUAGCCCACAAGAUGUAGAGAAAGAGCUUAGCUAGCUAAAAGAAGAGAACAGGAAGAGUUUCCAACGGAUGAGCUUGGACGACCUUGAGCGCAUCUCAAAACUCUUACAUCCGGAAGGACCCUCAGGUUUUCCUGACCAGUCCAAAGGCGAUAAUAAGCCCCAAAGAGAUACAAAAUGCAACCUAGCACCCACGGAUGGCUUAAAACCAGAAAAAUCACCCGGUAAAUAAACCUGACAUGUCUGAAAUUA